AUGGAGAACGACUUAUUACAGUCAGUGAUAGAAGAGCCGCCAGUCAAACCAGCCAGAGCUAGCAGCCAUACAAAGCAGCAAGAAAGACAACGCACACUAUCGAUCGGCUACGCUUUGAAUAGCAACGCCAACUUUUACGAUAUCCCUGUUAGUGAUGCAUUUAACGAACUUCUCGAGCGGUAUGUUCCUCCUCAAGAAAGACCACCACGAGAUGCAGAUAUUGAUAAACAAAAGGGACUCGAGACCAUGGUGAUGAAUAAUAUGUGGAGGUCAAUAGCCAAAUAUGCUCGUCAACAGAUCAUUCAGUCUGACCCGACACAUGUCGAAUCGAUUCUUCAGCUUUGGUAUGUUCGUUUGUUAGCAUUAACAAAGUUGGGUCUCUGUCAGUUGGCGUCAGCCGAAUUUGAAAAGAUUGGCGAUUUAGAUAGACCUGAACUUUGUGACAACAAUCAGCAAUCACUUGUGCCCUUUGAAUUACGUAUCUUGUUUGCUACACUACCCUCCCAACUCAAAUACCCAGCACUGACAUUAGAACGAGUAACAAUGUUGGCUGUUUACUGUAAAAAAAUGCAAAAGAAAUCACACGAUGCGAUUUGGAAACAGAGAGAAAUACAGACAUAUCUUGUGCUAGCUACACAUUGGAUCAACAUGAAGGAGUAUUCAGCAGCGGCUACGACCAUGCAACUGAUUUUAACUACAAUGGCUCCCGAUAAUAUUGAUUUGCUAUCCGGUUUGGGCCGUUUGUAUCUUCAAAUGGGUGAUUUGAAAUCUGCGGAAACUAUAUUUCGACGUAUGGAAGAGAAAUGUGACAACGAUGAUAGUACAAAAGAGGCGAUCGAUACCAACAAGGCGUUUGCAUUGAUGGCACAAGGUGAAUGGGCUCAGGCACGCGAUAUUUUGCAGAGCGUGUAUCAGUCCAAUAAUGAGAAUCUGUUGGCUAUCAAUAAUUUGGCCGUCUGUGAGGUUUAUUUGGGAAAUUUGGUCAAGGCAAUCGAUAUCUUGGAGACAUUGACGUCCAACAACCCCACUUCAGCAGGCACUUGCGAAACAGCCAUCAUGAAUAUGUGUACACUCUAUGAACUUCGGUACGAAGAUGCCACCGUCAAGAAGAUAGAGGCCAUGAAGCAAGUAGCUCGUUGGGCUGGUGAUUCUUUUCAAGCAGACUGCAUCAAACUUCAAUAA